CCCACCCCCUUUCACCAUGUGUCCUUCACCUCCCUCCGUGUCCCUGCCAUGGCCCCUGUGUGUCCCCCGCUGGGCGUCCCGAGCCCUGGGCAGCUGGCGGGAGGGACAAGAGGAUCAGGUCCUGUGUUAGCUUUCUGAGAGCCUCUCACCUCUAGCGCCUGGGCAUUGAUGUGGGGGGACGGAUCAGGAGUGGCCUCUCCGUGGGUCCUCCUCGGAGCUGACACUUGUGGAACUCUAAUUAUUUUUUGUCGUGCCAGCAGCCCCAUUCGUUUUACUGAUAUUGUGGCCUAUGUUGAAGUAUGGUCUUCCAACGGGACAGAGAAUUAUUCAAAGACAUUUACCAAACAACUUGAGGAUAUGGGGGCAAAGGUUUCAAAAACUUUCAACAAACAAGUGACCCAUGUGAUCUUCAAAGAUGGAUAUCAGAGCACCUGGGACAAAGCCCAGAAGACAGGGGCAAAGCUGGUUUCCGUCCUCUGGGUUGAAAAAUGCAGGAUGGCUGGAGCACAUGUCGAUGAGUCUUUGUUCCCUGCAGUGAAUACGAAUGAACAUUUACCAAGCCUAAUUAGAAAAAAACACAAGUGUAUGCAGCCCAAAGAUUUUAUUCCUAAAACACCAGAAAAUGACAAAAGACUUCAAAAGAAAUUUGAGAAAAUGGCUGAAGAGCUACAAAGGCAGAAGACAACACUUGAUGAUGGUGUCCCUGUCCUCCUGUUUGAGUCUCCUCGCUCAGUGGUAUACAGCCCCACAGUUCCCGUUAGGAGUCACCAGAGCAUGAUGGAGAGGAGACUACAAGAGAUGAAGGAGAAAAGGGAAAACCUUUCCCCUACCUCUUCCCAGAUGUUUGAACAGUCUCAACAGAAUCCGAAUGUCACUCUGAGUGAAGCAUCUUUGAACAUUUCUCAUGAAUCUUUAAGUUCAGAUGAAUCCUUUGCCAAUUGUUCACACUCAUCUUUUGAUGGUCUCUGUGGAAAUCAGGAAAGGAAACUAGGAAGAUCUGCUAAUGAGAUGGCCAGGAAGGCAUGCCUUUCCUCACCUGUGUUGAAAACAUCCCGUUCUUACAAUUCAGUAUUGCCCGACCACCCCUCCCAGCCAAGUCCCCGGAAAGCUGCAGACAGUCCUCCAAAGGAGAGUGUCAGCUGGCCGAAGGAGGCUGCAGCUGAGACAGCUGACCCCGAGAGAAAGCAGGCUGCAGGUGUGUCUCUGGGGAUACCUGACGAGAAGCACUGUCUGUCUCCUGCAGCGUCUGCCAUAGAUGAACACUUGGUACAUUUGGGACCCAAGAGUUCCUCGGCAAAGAGAAAAAGGCCAGCAGACUCGGGGUCACCUCCAAAAGGAAAGAAGAGGUACAGUAGGAAGUCUGCCCUGCCGCUACAGCUGUUCAGGUCUGACCAUGAUCUGCAGUCCACGACCGGCCCCAUCCCAGGGACUCCUGAUGUUGGGGCCUCUUCUUAUGAGGACUACUUUUCCCCUGAUAAUCUCAAGGAAAGGAAUUUGGAGACUCUUCCUCCUGAGGCUCAGCCACUAGCAAGCCCUUCUCUGUUGCACUCUAAAGGUCUCUCAAAGUGGGAGCGAAGAAACAUCCUGGAAAUGUGUGAUUUUACCAGCAUUGGUAAAAAUCCCAGAUCCAUCAGCAUUACUGACUUCAUGUCAAAAGGUACUUCUAGUCUGGAGAAACCUGACAAGAAAGUGAGUACAGUUUCUAGGUGCAUUUUGAUAGGAACAUCUGCUGAAGAAAGCCCAAAGCACUGCAGGCAGCCUGGCCCUCAGCUGAGGGAGGACACAGGCCCACAGGGAAGCACCCGUGCUAACACCCAGAACAGCCCUGCUCAUGGUGCUGUGCCCUUGAAAGGAGGGACUGAGGAAGCAAGAGACCCAGCUGAUGUAAAAGGCUCCCCAAAAGACAGUACCACUCCGCCAACUUCGGCCUCUUCUGAAGGAGAAGCACACAGCUUCCGUUUGGGAGAGGACUGUAAUGUAGAAAAAUCUGUGGAAGAAAAGGAGAACAUAUCCACAGGAUAUAGUGAAAGUGUUAAAAAUGGACCAAUGAAGCCUGAAACUUCAGACAGCUCUUGUACAGGCCUUGUCAGACCUCGACAGAAAGCAAAGAAAUGUGACAAAGGACAAAAGCCAAUGAGAACAUUAGUCAUGACAAGCAUGCCAUCUGAGAAGCAGAAUCUCAUCAUCCAGGUGGUGAACACACUGAAAGGCUUUUCAUUCUCACCUGAGGUCUGCGAGUCCACCACCCACGUGCUGGUGGGGAAGUCUGUCCGCACCCUGAACGUGCUGAUGGGGAUUGCGAGAGGGUGCUGGAUUCUGUCUUACGAAUGGGUGCUGUGGUCUUUAGAGUGGGGUCACUGGAUUUCUGAGGAGCCUUUUGAACUCUCUGAAUCUUUCCCUGCAGCUCCGGUCUGCAGACUUGAACGCCAGUUAUCUACCCGGAGAUACCAAGGAACCCUCUUUGCCAAUCAGCCAAAGAUGUUCAUUGCACCAGCCAGCAGCCCCCCAAGAGCCAAGCUGUGUGAACUGGUACUCCUGUGUGGUGGCCAAGUCAGCCCAGCCCCUCAGCUGGCCAGCCUCAUCAUUGGUCCCUACUGUGGCAAGAAGGAAGCAAGAAUCCAGUACCUGUCAGAGAAAUGGGUCUUAGAUUCCAUCACCCAACACAAAGUCUGUGACUUUGACAACUACCAGUUGCUACAAUGAGAGACAAUGGCUGCUGCCCUCAACACUCAAGAAAAGCAGCCAUGGAAAGAAGGAACCAGUGUACAGCUUAAGGCUUGAUGUCGCACAUUACCUCGUGUGCUAUUGUUUUUAUCUUCAGUGUGGUGUGUGUGGAGGAGGAGGUGCUGGAGAUUAAAUCCAGGGCUUACUAAGCAGGCACUCUACCACUGAGCUACAUCUCCAGCUUUUAUCUUCAAAACUCUUUUAUGUAAUUUAUUCAUGACUCAUAUUGUAUUUCAGAGAAAUCUUGGCCAGCACCAGUUGGGGUUUUUUUUUACAAUACUAAUAAUGACCAUGAUGAAAAGGUCACAGAACUUUUAUCUUCAAGUUACUUUACUCCCAAUUACAGAAUGGAAAUUGAUUUAAAUUGCUUUAGUCCUAAACAAUCAAGCAGACCCCUAACUUUCUUGGCUUGGACUCUGAGAUCUUUGUUAGUAUGCUCUGUCUGGAUAGGAAGGUCAACCAUGCAUUGUUAAGAUUACACUUAUGUCUCUGAGAUGCUUCUCAGAGCAGUCAAGGAAGAUGGGUCUGAAAGUUUUGUACAAUGACUGUGUCUGCCUUCUGAACGGCUAUCAUUCAGCCUCAAAUGGCUACCGCAAGCUUCUCUAGGCAAAGUCAGCUGCUGGGACUGAAUUGUCAGGGGUGUCCAGCCCAUGGCCCAUGUGUCAUAUUUGUCAAAGGAUAACUAUGAAUGUGGCUAAUACAAAAUUAUAAACUUACUUAAAAGUAUUAUAAGGUGUGUGUGUGUGUGUGUGUGUGUGUGUGUGUGUGUGUGUGUGUGUGUGUUGAGAGGUAACUCAAUUGCACAGUUCUUGUGAGUGAACUUUGUAGAUGACCACAUUGCAUUGCAAUAUGAAAAGCCUGGAUAUACCAUCAGGUUGGUAACUCUUCAUUGUGUUGACACAGGGUCUCACUAUAUAGCCCAGACUGGCCUGGAGCUUGCAGACCUCCUGUCCACAUCCCAAAUGUUGGGUUAUAGUCGUGUGACACCACAUUCUCAUGCUGCUCCGGCACCUAACAGAGAUACUGAGUCUCAGUGAGCUUGAAGGUGUCACUCUGCUCAUUGCGAUUUUCUGUAAUGUGAUUGGUUGCUCAUGUCAGCUGCUGUUUCCAACUCAAUAAGUCUUAAGUCCACUUCCAAAAUCUUGUCAUUUUAGUGAUAAGCAUUUGAAUCAUACAAUAUGUGACUUUGUGGCAUUGGCCUUUUCACCAUGUAAUUAAUGCUCUGAUGAUUCAUUCAUGUCAUGUGUGGCAGCAGACAAUUCCUUUUUGUUGCCAAACAGUAUUCUGUGGCAUGGCUGUUCUACAGCUUUGUUAUUCAUCCCCUGAAUAAAGUGAAGGAAUGAAGCCCA